AUGGAUCAUCAAGCUGUCACUACACGUACCAGGCACAUCCACUUUAAUGAUGCAGCAGCCGAACAUGAAGCUGUCUAUACCUUUGACGACGAUGACAUUGAAAUCAUGUUCUAUACCAAUGUAGAAGUUAACAGCAUCCUCAAGGAAUGCCAGAAAGAAGAUGAACUUCCAUCCUUUUGGGCUCCGUUGAGGAUCCGACGAACUGAACUACUUUGGGAUCAAGUGGACAAGGAACAACACUAUCAAUGGAACAAGAUGACCAAGAAGGAAACAUAUCCUAAAACUGGUACUGCCAAAAAACAACAACGACAGCACUUGCCAGCAGAAGACUCGCUGGCACGAGUGAGUCUCAAGAUUAGCCAAUAUCAGCAAGCAAUGGCUAUCCAAGAAGCAAAGAAGCUUGAAAAAGAAGUCCAAGAAAUCAUGAUGGAAUCUACCAGUGACAAAAAUUUGGAAAGGGAACUUUUGGCAAGCAGCAUUCACAAGAAUUUAUCCCAAAAAGACCCUGUCGGAAUCAGUCCCACCAGACUACAAACUCUCCGACGCAACUCUAUUGCCGCCCGACCGGCGUAG